AUGGUUUCUCCUCAAGUCACUAACCUGGUCAUCAUCCUUGUGAUGAUGCAGGUUUCCAAGAAGAUCCCUUUUGACAACCCUGACGUCCUCCUGGGAGUUCGGGCCUUGUACAUUGUCUCCAAUUUGAUUAUCCUGGGCAUCUAUCUCUACGUUCAAUCUGUGAUAAAUAAAAAGAAAGAUAUGACGACCCUCAAAUAUGUCGAGCCUGCGCCCGUGGGAUCCGGAGAGGAGCCUCGUCCUGUGACCACCACCGUUAUGGACUACGAUAAGCAGCAGCUGCGGAACAUGAUCAAGUCGCAGCUGAUCGGUGUCGGCAUGAUGGGUGUGAUGCAUUUGUGGUUCAAAUACACCAACCCGCUUCUGAUCCAGUCCAUCAUCCCUGUCAAGAGCGCUUUGGAGUCAAACCUGGUAAAAAUCCACGUGUUCGGGAAGCCAGCGACUGGCGACCUUCAGCGCCCGUUCAAGGCCCCGCAGGGCUUCAUGGGCAUGGCUCAGGGUGAGGUCAAGAGCGACAAGGCGUCGAUUGAGAACGCGGAGAAGAAAUGGAGAGGUGGCGUCAAGGAGGAGUGA